AUGAGUUCAUCUCCGUCAUAUCCGUUCACCAAUAAAAGGUUAGAGGUUGAGGCACUUACCCAUAAAUCUUAUUGCUACGAAAAUCCUAUGUCAGGUCAUCACAAUGAGAGGUUAGAAUUUCUAGGUGACUCAAUAGUUGGAUUCUUGGUCGCGAGAUAUCUAUAUAAGAGGUUUCCAGAAUAUACAGAAGGACAACUAUCAAUGUUAAGGGCGAAACUAGUUUGCAAACAAUCUUUGGCAGGUUUUGCUUAUAGGUUGGGUUUGAACGAAAAACUUCGGUUAGGGUUAGGUUCGGCGAGUUCAAGGAAUAAUGAAAAAAUUCUAGAAGACGCAUUUGAAGCAUAUGUUGGAGCAAUUUUCAUGGACUCUAACAGUUUAGAUAAAGUAGGAAAUUUUGUGGAAGAAUUGAUUAGUCCCAUGGUUGAUAAAUUGAUUUCCACGAGCCCGACAAGCAUGGAGGAUAAGUUACCCGCUAUUCCGAAACCAGGACCAGAAAAUUUAGUUUUAUCGCCAACACUCGAGCAUCAAGAUCCUAUUGGUAAAUUACAGACAUGGUCUCUUAAAAAAGGUUUUCCAAUACCACAUUAUCGAGAGGUUAGGGUCACGGGGAAUGCACACGAACCGUGGUUUACGAUCGAAGUCUAUAUUAAUGGAUCAUCUGCUGGGACCGGGGAGGGACGAAAUAAAAGAGAGGCAAAAAAGAAAGCCGCAAUAGCAGCCUAUGACCGACUUACCACCGAUCCUCCACCCAAAAGUGAACAUUUCCAAAGCCAUGUUCCAGAUGUUUUCACGGGACCUUCGAACUAA